UUUUAAUCGUGUGGAUGCAGAGCUGGUCUGCUUCUUAUGGAGGAACAGGAUGAACGGGAAGCAGAGGACCCUCUUUCAGUCCUGGGGCUCUGGCGUGGCCCCUGAGCCAAGGCGAGCUCCGGAGCACCCAGCGAAAAAGGCCAAAGCCAAGGUUGCCAGGAAAGGGAAGACGGUUUUAUCACAGAAGGACUCUCAUAGGGCUGCACCACCAACCUGGCAGGCAGCACCCCAGCAUGGUGAAGCUGAGGAUGAUGACGAUGAUGUGCUGCUUGUUGCUGUGUAUGAAGCUGAGAAAACAUUAAAUGCCACUGUCACCCACCAUGCUCACACUGUCCCCCUGGAUCCCCCUAGUGCCCCCGAAAUCCAGAACCUGCCGGGCUUUGACCUGUCUGCUGGGAAUGUAUGGAUCUACCCCACCAACUUACCUGUCCGGGAAUACCAAUUCACCAUGGCGCACACCGCGCUGCUGCACAACACCCUGGUGUGCCUGCCCACCGGCCUGGGCAAGACCUUCAUUGCCGCCGUAGUCAUGUACAACUUUUACCGCUGGUACCCAUCCGGCAAGAUCAUUUUCAUGGCUCCUACCAAGCCACUGGUGGCCCAGCAGAUAGAAGCCUGCUUCCGGGUCAUGGGCAUCCCUCAGGAGCACAUGGUGGAGAUGACAGGUAAUACUCAAGCCCAAAACCGCAAAGACAUGUGGCAAGACCACCGGGUGUUUUUCCUAACGCCUCAGAUCAUGGUGAAUGAUCUUACACGAGGUGCCUGUCCUGCUUCUCAAGUCAAGUGUCUUGUCAUAGAUGAAGCUCACAAGGCUCUGGGCAACUAUGCAUAUUGUCAGGUGGUCCGGGAGCUGAGCAACUAUACUAGACAGUUUCGCAUUUUGGCUCUUAGUGCCACUCCAGGCAGCGAUACCAAGUCCGUACAGCAAGUGGUUUCCAACCUGCUGAUUGGUCGCAUAGAACUGAGGUCGGAGGACUCUCCCGAUAUUCGGCCUUACUCCCAUGAGAGGCAGCUUGAGAAAUUUGUGGUACCACUCGGCGAUGAGCUAGAGGUUGUGCGCAAGGCUUAUUUGCAGGUUCUAGAGACCUUUGCAGGUCGACUGAUUCAGAACAAUGUGUUGUCACGGAGAGAUAUCCCCAACCUAACAAAAUACCAGAUCAUCCUGUUUCGAGAUCAGUUCCGGAAGAACCCACCUUCUAAUAUUGUGGGGGCACAGAUGGGAGUGGUGGAAGGAGAUUUUGCUCUCUGUAUAAGCUUAUAUCAUGGCUAUGAGCUUUUAUUGCAGAUGGGAACACGUUCUCUAUGCUACUAUCUGCGAUCAAUAAUGGAUGGGUCCAAAGGUAUGACUCGAGCACGGAAUGAUCUUGGUCGAAAUACUGACUUCAUGAAUCUUUACCAGCAACUGGAAUCCUUGUUUUCUAAUACAAAGCUCAUAGCAGGAGAUUCGUCCAUUCACGCUGUUCAUCUAUUUUUUCAUUCAGUCCGCUCUGAUGUGGGAAAGCCAUAUAUCUAUAGCCAUCCUAAGCUGAAGAAACUGGAGGAAGUUGUCAUACAGCAUUUUAAUUCCUGGAAUAAGAAGGGUAGCUAAAACCAUUCAAAUAUCUCUUCUGAAGACACUCGGAUCAUGAUCUUCUCUUCAUUCCGUGACAGCGUCCAAGAGAUAGCAGAAAUGCUGGACCGCCAUCGGCCCACUGUCCGGGUCAUGACCUUUGUGGGACAUUCAUCCACUGGAAAAGGAGUGAAAGGUUUCACCCAGAAAGAGCAGAUUGAGGUGGUAAAGCGGUUCCGGGAAGGCGGUUAUAACACACUGGUCUCCACCUGUGUCGGAGAAGAAGGCCUGGACAUUGGAGAAGUGGAUCUCAUAAUUUGUUUUGAUGCUCAGAAGAGUCCGAUCCGCCUGGUACAGAGAAUGGGAAGAACAGGAAGGAAACGCCAAGGCCGGAUUGCAGUCAUAUUGUGCAAGGGCAGGGAAGAGCGGACGUAUAACCAAAGUCAGAGCAAUAAAAGAAGCAUCUACAAAGCCAUUCUGGGUAAUGACUCAAUUUUUCACCUCAAUCCCGAAAGCCCUCGCAUGGUUCCAGAAGGCUUAAACCCAAAUGUGCACAAGAUGUACAUCACGCAAAGAACCUAUGAUGCCAAAGACACAGCAAGGCCCAUCUCCAAAGACCGCCGCUCCAGCCUGAUUCAUCGCAAAUCUUCUGCGUUCUUUAAGAGCGAAGGUACAGAUAAAGAUUGGCCGUUGACGCCUGCAGAGUUUGAGACCUGGAACCAUUUGUAUAAUUUGACGGAAUCGGAUGGGGUAACAGAUGUGGUUCUACCCAGAACACAAUUUGAGCUCUUCAGGGAUCCAGAAACCAGCAUGGAACAAGUCUCAGAAAAUGUCCAUGUGCUGUCCCUGUCAGAGUGGAAACUGUGGCAGAAUCGUCCAUUCCCAACACACUUUGUAGAUCACUCUGUUCGGACUAAGAAUUUCAUUGAAGUUAUGCAACUGAUUGAGCAGAUGAGAGGGGAGGAGGGUGAGUGCAGUUAUGAUAAGGAAGUCAAUGCUUCCUUGGAUAAAGCUGAUGUGCUUCCUUCACAUAUAACUAAGAAAAAUAGUCGAGAUUGCUCCGCUGUAACUUCCAAGACUUCAAAGUUGCCUGCUCUCAAAAGUAAAACUUGCAAGAAUUCAUUGUCCAUGUCUGAGAGUGAUGAAGACUUUAUGCCACUCUUCAAGUCUUCAAAGAAAGUAAAGUCCUCUUCCACUGAACAUGAAAAUUCAGGUUUAAUAGACUGCCCAACAGCAAUGGAAGUAAGCAGUGAUGCCGAGAAUGGGCAAAAUCUUGAUGAGGAUCAAGAUUUGGUCGAUGAAAUGGAAAUCGUUUCUUACAGAGACAUCAACCCUAGUUCAUCGCAACUUCAAAAACAGUCGCCAACUACUGAUCAAAACGGAGAAUUAAAAUCCCCAACUAAAGCUGACUGUGGGUAUCACAGUUUUAGUGAAGACACCUCUGAAGAUUUAUCGAAUCUGUUUUAUCCCGCGUAUAUGCAUAAUAAUCAUUAUCUGGUUUCAGAGAUUGUUGUUGAAACAAGCUCUCCUGUCCUAAGCAAUAUGUUAUCACGUGUAAAGAGCUUUUUGGCCCGUUCUCCUCCUUCAUUUAGUGAACUUGAUUCCUUAGAAGAUCUAGACCUUUCUAUGAAUGAUUUAAGAACCAAAUCUUUAGCUAGUAAAAAAGGUAGCUGGGAUAUUUCAAUAGAGGCCCAUUGUAGUGUACAGGGAUUCCGCAAUCUCGCACAGAAUUCAGACUCUUUGGGAGAUGCAGCUCGUCUUGCAGUCAAGAAUAAUGAUAGUCCUCAAGAAGAGCUAUAUGAAAUUGGACCAUCUGUCUCGUCAUCUCCAAAAGAUUAUCAUGCGGAGACUGUACCAGAAAAUGGACUUGAAGAUAGGGAGGUUCAAAAUGAUAGUCAGUGGGAUGAUAUUUUCGACUCUGAAGCCAAUGAAAUGUAUAUUGAAAACUUUGACCCCCCUACAACACAUGGCUAUGCCCAGUACCACAAUGAAGUUGACAGUGAGGAAGCUAAUGCUGAAGAGUGUGAUUCUCUUAAAACGUGCAGCCCAAGCAAAAAUAGCAAGGUAACAAUUGGGGAAGUGGACAUGGUUGAUGGGAUUUGUAUUCACAGCUCCAUGUUCAAUAAGGAGAAGACUGAAAGUAAUGAGACUGACAUUGAAGCUACUCGGCCUUGUACCCCUCACCGGAGCAACGAUAACAUGGUAUGUCAGCAUCAAGAUGAAACCAAGUUGGAUACAUUUCCUGAAUAUCUUGAGGACAGUUUUGACUUAUUUGAAGAUGAGAAAUUUGCUGAGGUUGAUGAACCGAGUUCAAGCAAGACCUUCACAACAGUAAAACCCAAUCAUGAAAGACCCACGGUCAACUUUAAUAUGUUUGAUCCAUCCUUGUUCAUGGAAGACCAUACGGAAGAUGAAAACCAAGCUGGUUUGUCCUCCUACAAGGACUUGGAGCAGACAGAAAAUGAGGAGUUUGGUUCCUGUGAGUUGUUUUCAGUUAAUUUUGACCUUGGAUUCUCUAUUGAUGAUGAUGAUGACGACGAUGAUGAUCAUUUACAAGGGGAGAACCCUGAAGUACAGCCACAAAGUGUAGAAGAGGCUGGACAUUUUAAAGCUCCAAGCUCACCUAAUAGAACUAUUGCCGGAGGCAAUAUGUCAACCCCAGUGACCAAUGGGGUUAGAAGCUCUACCUUUGAAAUGUCUGAAAAGCGAAUUUCUCCAGUCAGAGGCAAAAUCUCCCAGAUAGAUGAAAAAUCUUUGAGCUCUUCAAUGGUAACACCAGUAACGGAGAAGGUCAAUAACUUCAAAACACCUUACAGUCCUGUGGCUAAGCAUGAUAUGUAUACCCACUUGACUCCACAGUCAGGACCAAGGAACAUCAAUUCAUCUUUAGUGGUUGUAAGAGCUGGUGCAAAUCCGCCUAUGGCCAAGAACGACAACAAUGUAACUAUUGGCAGCAGCCCCGAGAGCGAGGAAGACGUUGUUUUCAGGCGGAAAAGAAAAUUGGCAGCAGCAGCUGUCCUCAAAUCACCGGAGUCCGCAAGCAGCGAGUGUGAUUUCGACUCACCGAUGCCUGGAGCAAGGAAAUGUAGACGGGCGCUAAAUACAAAAGUGAGCAGUGAGGAUGAUUUGGACUCGCCGAUGCCUGGAGCAAAAAAAUGCAGAUGGGCGCUUAAUACAGUAUGCUCAGAUGAAGAAGACCUAGAGCCUCCUUCUAUUGCUUGUAAAUCUAGUGUUCAGGAUAGGGGGCACCAGAGAAAUGCACGAAGACCUGAGCGCAAGAGGAAGCGGCAUGCAGCCAGGCAGUUUCUUGAUGAGGAGGCUGAACUGUCCUCGGAAGAAGCAGAGUGUGUAUCGUCAGAUGAGUCUGUGGACUCCGACAAUGUGCAGGACACAUCUUUGGUGGAGUUCCUCAAUGAUAACACUCAGCUGUCUCAGGCCCUGAAUGACUCUGAGAUGCAGGGCAUAUACAUGAAAUCCAUACGCAGUCCAGCAGUUGGAAAUAGAUUCAAACUGACACACAAGAGACACAGCUUGUCUGUGUUCUCCCAGAUUCCUGAACAGGAUGAAGACUACAUGGAGGACAGUUUCUGUGUUCAAGAGGAUGAAGAGGAGGAGGAAGAGGAUGAAGAGGAUUCCAGUACAGAAGUACAGAUGGACCCCAACCUCUUGCAGCAGGACAGCUUUGUUGACGGCCACAGACAGUACCACACUAGACGUCGGUUAAAGCUCAAAGCCACCGAGCCAAAACUAGCCAACCGGGCACAACCUGCAAAAAAGAAAAGGAGGAUCAUCAUCCAUGAGGACUCUAGCGAUGAGGAAACUGAAGCAACUACUCGGCAACAACCAUCCAAGGCCAACGCUUCAAGUCUGACAUCAGUUACUGCGUCCUCUUCUGCCAAACCGCUGCUGGACAGCUCUUCCUUGAGGACUGUGGGUGCUUUGACUGAAAAGAAGGAAUUCUUGGAUUUACCCUUGAAGGAUCGCUGCCAAAUGAGAAUGAAUGCCCAGGCAUCCUUGUCCGAAGAACUGGACUUUCAGACAGACGCCCAAUCCUCAUUUGAUACCACUAAACUUCGAACAUCAAACAGUAAUAUUCUCUCUCCAGACAAGCCGGAAGAUACCUCUGUAAAAUGUGGCGGUGAUUCUACUUGGAUGGCCUCAUGGAUGAAUGACUCCUCCCUCGGGAAUGUGCUGGGAUCAGCGCUGAGCAGCGACAGGCUCUGCAUCCUAGCAGACACCCGGGAAAUCUCCUCCGGUCCCGAGGUCAUCUCCUGCCUGAAGAGCGCUCAUGGGGUGCGGGUGGAAAUCUGCUCCCUGGGGGGCUGCGAUUACAUCGUCAGUAACCGCCUGUCUGUAGAGCGGAAAUCCCAGUCGGAAUUCUCCAACUGCGCGAACAGGAGUAAGCUGGCCGAACGGAUCCGGCAUCUGAGGAGCAUGUUUGAUCGGGUUUGCCUCAUCGUGGAGAAGGACCGUGUGAAACCAGGAGAAACCUCUCGGCUAUUCCAGAGAACAAAGUAUUACGACGGCACGCUGUCCACUUUAAUCAGCGCCGGGGUCCAGACCCUCUUCAGCUCCAGCCAGGAGGAGACGGCGGGGUUAUUGAAGGAGCUGGCCUCCCUGGAGAGGAGGAAGAAUACGGCCAUCACAGUCCCCACUCAGGUGACCAGCCACAAGCAAGACGCUCUGAACUUCUACCUGUCCAUCCCCAAUGUCAGCUACAUCACCGCCCUCAACCUCUGCCACCACUUCAGCAAUGUGCGGUACAUGGCCAACAGCUCUGUAGAUGUUCUCUCCAGCAAAGGACAAGUGAGCCGGCAGAAGGCCGAAGAGAUCUACCGCUACCUCCGUUACCAGUCUGACCCGCAGCUGAUAGCCUCACAACAUCCAAUGGCCUAUUCACAGAGUGGGUCAGCAGAGUCAGGGUAA